UGUCGUACUAUUGACUCAAUACUGUUGUCAACACUCUCUGAGUGAGCCCUCACUCCCACCACAUCUCACACUCUCUUGAGUUCGCGUUAUCUUUAAAAGUCUUGUAAAUUACAGAAAUACAUGUCUCACAACUGAUCCCAAGGCACACCACAUCCUUCACAUGACUUGCAAUACAAUUACAAUCGACUCCAAGAAAAUCCGUUUCAAUCGACACAACGAUUUGGUUAUUAUUGACGAAAAAGUUUUUGCAGAUUUAGUGUGCGCCGAAGACACUAAUCCAAGCGAUGAAUUGGUGGACGAGUUGUGUUUGAAACUAAAGUGUAAACGAUUGGCCGUCAAAAGCAAGAUCUCUUCGGAUGACUUCCGCACACCUAAUGUCCGACUCAUUAGAGGACAUGACUUAUGGGUCACUCAUAAGGACAACGGAAUUAUUUACAGUUUGGAUGCGAGUAAAUGUAUGUUUAGUUUCGGUAAUAUUCACGAGAAGUUGAGAGUCUCUCGACUCGACUGCACCGAUGAGACAGUUGUGGAUCUGUUCGCAGGAAUCGGUUAUUUCAGUCUUGUAUUUGCCGUUCACUGCAACCCACGAGUGGUUCACUCCUGCGAAUGGAAUCCCAAUGCCGUCGAAGCCCUCCACAAGAAUCUGCAACUAAACCGUGUGUCCCAUAAAUGUGUGGUUCAUUUCGGGGACAAUCGCGAGGUGUGUCCUAUAGGUGUGGCCGAUCGCGUCUAUAUGGGACUCAUCCCCACCUCAUUGGACAGCCUUCGGGUGGCCUGUCGUGCCAUUCAUAUAAAGAGUUCAAAACGGAUUCUACAUAUUCAUGAAAAUGUGUCACAUUUUGGAUCCAAAACUAAAGAAGAUAUCAAUAAAGUGUGGACCGAUUGGGCUCUGGAUUUGUGUCUCAAAGUGAAUCAAAUGAUGUCAUCCAUACACCCGAACACCAAAUGGAUGGUUGAAGUCUUGCAAAUCAAUAAAGUGAAGUCCUAUGCGCCACAUAUCGAUCAUUUAGUGGCAGAUAUAAAGUGCAAUUUACAUGAUUCUUACGAUUAGUCUAUUUAUUUUUGUAAUCAUUUUAUAUUCAAUUUCGUAUUAAAAUGUUUAUUUUAUAUAAAAAUAAAACC